CCGCGGCAGGCCGGCGGGCAGGCUAGGCGCUUCCCUUCCGUCCGGCCCGCGCGGGUCGCGGGGAGGCGGUGCGCGCGGCAGCCCGCCCAUGGAGGCUUUCCCUUGGGCGCCCCGCUCGCCCAGCCGCGGCCGCGCCCCCCCGCCCAUGGCGCUCGUGCCCAGCGCCCGCUACGUGAGCGCCCAGGGCCCGGCGCACCCUCAGCCCUUCAGCUCGUGGAACGACUACCUGGGGCUCGCCACGCUCAUCACCAAGGCGGUGGACGGCGAGCCGCGCUUUGGCUGCGCCCGCGGCGGUGACGGCGGCGGCGGCACCUCCCCGCCCUCCUCCUCGUCGUCCUGCUGCUCCCCGCAUGCGGGGACCGGGCUCGGGGCGCUGGGGCCGGCGCUGGGGCCGCCCGAUUACGAGGACGACGACGACGACAGCGACGAGCCCGGGUCCCGGGGCCGCUACCUGGGCGGCGCGCUGGAGCUGCGCGCCCUGGAGCUGUGCGCCGCGGGCCCCGCCGAGGCCGGGCUGCUGGAGGAGCGCUUCGCCGAGCUGAGCCCGUUCGCGGGUCGCGCCGCCGCCGUGCUGCUGGGCUGCGCGCCUGCCGCUGCAGCCACGACCGCCGCCGAGGUGGCGCCGCGCGAGGAGCGGGCCCCGGCGUGGGCGGCCGAGCCCCGGCUGCACGCCGCUUCCGGGGCGGCGGCCGCCCGACUGCUCAAGCCCGAGCUGCAGGUGUGCGUGUUCUGCCGGAACAACAAGGAGGCGGUGGCGCUCUACACCACCCACAUCCUGAAGGGACCCGACGGGCGAGUGCUGUGCCCGGUGCUGCGCCGCUACACGUGUCCCCUGUGCGGCGCCAGCGGCGACAACGCGCACACGAUCAAGUACUGCCCGCUCUCCAAAGUGCCGCCGCCGCCCGCCGCCCGCCCGCCGCCGCGCAGCGCCAGGGACUGCCAGCCCGGGAAGAAGCCGCGCUGACGGCCUGGGCUCCGGUCUGCUGCCACCGGACGGCACCAGGGUCCCCCGCCUGCUCGCUCUCAUUUUCGGUCUGCGCACCAGCUUUCCCUCGCUGCUGGAGAGGCGUGGAGCUCGGCAGUUAGCUCCACUGGGGAAGUCUUGUUUUUUUGUUUUUGAAAGCAAUCCGGCCGUACGGAGAGUACUUUGCUGUCGAAGAGCGGUUGAGACUAGACGCUACAAUUUUGAUUUAUCUCUGGUUUCUAGUUUGUGCACAUCCAGACGGUGAAGGCUGGGUGUGUUUCCCACUACCUGAAAUCUGGCAACUUAAUGGCGCUGUUUAUUUACUGUAUACGUCGAUCUAUUUUAGAUGCGCAUCAGUAUGAAUUGUCUCAAUCUAAUCUCGGAUGUUUAAUUUUAUGGAGGCACUUUACUAGGUCUAGAAUAUUUUUUUAAAAGCCUCAUAACUGAACUGAAAACUGGCGAUUUUAUGGAAUGUCGGCAAAAUUACUAUUUUAUUGUUUGGAAACAAUAUUUCUUAGUUGUCCUUAAUCAGUUACUCUAAUUCCAGGUGAAGCAAGCCCCUGGCAGCAUCACCCUUUUUGAGAAGUGAAGGUUUAGUAAACUUUCCAGUAUUAAUUUGUGUGGGUAUUCCCUCCUUGUGGCUUGUUUCAGACUUGGCUGGAGGUAUAAAAAUGCACAAUCUGUAGCAGGUAGAAUACAGCUCCUUAUCUUUUAUGUACCAGAUCUUUUUAUUACUAAACUAGCAACUAGCAUUUCCACCUUGAAAAUUUGUGCCAAGUUAUAAUCCUGUUGUGUAUACACUUGAAAAUUGGUGCUGUUUAAAGACUUGUGUAUUUAUACAGUAACAGUAUAUGAAUUCAUUUAUCUUGCCUAUAACUUUGCUACUUGGCCUUUUGUCCAUGCACCCACCUCCCCAUUUCCAGUUCUUUAAAAACAUUUGUGACAUUAAGAUCAAAAGGGAACAGUAUUAAUUCACCCUGCUCCAUUUCAGAGUUCCCAAAUAGCAGAAAGCUCCUUGCAGCUGUAGCCUCUCAAACGAAAUGGAAGAUGCGAUCCUGAGCUCUGGAAGGCUAAUGUAACAACCUGUGUUCAAGAAAGUUCCACUAUGGGCUUUGUCUGGCUUUAGGGAGCAAGCAGUCCUCAAACCAGAAUAAGCACUGAAGGAAUUAAAUUGUGGAGUGGGGGUUGAAGACAAACACAGCUUCCCCCGUGCUCCCUUUUUCCCUAGAAGACCCUAGUCUGUUUCUGGAAUCCCACCACUUACCACAAAGAUUAGACCCUAUCCUUAGACACACGUUCCUAACCCUAACUUUAGCUCCCACCCUCAUUUAUAGCCAUGCCAGAUGCCACACCAUGGCUUGUAGCUACCAUCAGGACAGAUACAGGAGGCAAAAAUGGAAGUGAAUUAGGAUGAAUGCAUAUGAAAUGUACAAAAUACAUCACUAUCUGAAAAUGCCAGCAAGAGACUUAGUCAUACGAAUACAGAUUCUAGUCGCAGAGCUCAGCUC